CCCACUUCUUUACUGUGAGCCAGACGCAAUGGGAUUACCAGCAGCAGCAGCCUUGUGCAUUGUCGGGACCCUGGUGCUGGCUACUGCCUCUCCGGACAGCGACUUCCAAAUGGGACUUUUUCCACCUUGCUCUGCUACCCUGGAACCCGGGGGUCCUUGUGAACAGGAGGGAGAUGGGUGCCCGUUUGUGGUCAACCUGCCGCCCAUGACUGUCAACUUGCCCAAGCAGCUGAUGGACUUGGAGAGGCUAGUGGAGGAGUUGCAGAUACUGAAAAACAAUGUGGAUCAAUUAAGGAAGAUAUGCAAAGACUGUGGUGCAAAUCAAGCCGAAAAGGAGUGCACAGGGGGAUCAAAACAAGAUGCAGAUGACGGGAAUUUUAAUGUCAACAGACAGAUAUGGGAAAACAAUAAAAGAGUAGUGAAUGAAGACAGAAGGAAGGAUGGAAAGUCUCCAAAGGACAAAACGGAACAGGUGGUGGCUGCAGGGAAAAACGUGAGGAUUUCAGAAAGAAAAAAAGUUGAUAGGAAACAGAUAGACCGGGCUUUAGAUAAGCAAAACAGUCCACUCGGCAAUGCUACUACUCACAUGCAAAAUCGUACAAUUGGAAAAAGUGAGGUAUGGGGUGAUCAAAUGAUGGACAGUAAAAGGCAAACAGAAGCUGCAGAUGAGACGGACGAUGGAGGAGUGAAGUUACACAAAGAAAAUGAGGAACCAAACGGACAGGAUUUGCAUGACAAAACAAUACUGGAUGUGAAAAAUUAUAGUAAAAAAAAUAACUAUCAAACAAAAGAUGAAGAAGAUACGAUGAAGAUUAAAGAUGGGAACAUUAAACACGUCAGUGGAGAUAGCACUGACAGACACAUAUGGCCAGAUAAACAUCACAAGACAAGUCACGAGGAUGGGGCCGAAAAAAACUUUGGUAAUAUGGAUAAAAGUGCAGAGCCAAUAGACUGGGACCGUCCUGUCUGGCGCGAUAAAACCCGUGUUGAUACGAAUCAGAUGGAGAGAAUAGGGGAAAGAGGAGGGAAGACCAGUGAUGCUAGUGAAGAGGGGAAAAAUGCACCUAAAAGUAGUACGCAGAGUGGCCAUCACGUGUGGCUGGAUGAAACAAUGGAAACUAGCAGUGCAGAGAGAAUAAAGAUGUCAGGGAGGAGUGGUGGUGAUAUGGGGCAAGAUCACAGGGCUAAUGGGGAGUCAGAUGGCAGUUUAAAAGGGAACGAAGAGAAGCUGAGAGAUUUUGAAAACAGAGAGAUGAUGGAAGGGACAGACUUGAGCUCGGGCGGCCAUGCUAGUGUCGUUAAUUCUGCUGUGAGCCAUGGGUUUAUUGACUUGGACUGGUCAGUCACCUUGACAUCACCGCCUACUUUUACAGCCUCACAUUUGACCACAGAUGUUAACCGAGGACAGAAAGAGCAAAAUAAUGGAAGAGGUAGCAGUAAUGAGCACUUCAAAAUGGUAAUCAGUGGUAAUGGGGAAAAAUUUGAGAGUGGAGGAGUGGCGGUAGAUGGUCAAUUAGAGCGGCCUGUUUUGGAAAUUCAACCCAGCUAUGAUGAAAGGAAACUGAAUAUAGAUGAGAGAUACAGGCCUACCAAAAUAUUAUCUACUGCAAUGCCAUUAGAUACAAGAUCAAAUUCUGAUUUUAGCACAGAUCGUAAAACUGUACAACAAAAUUCAAAAGAGCUUUCAAAAAAUGUUAGUACAAAUUUUGAGCAAACAAAUCAAAAUAAACCAUUUGAUAAACGUGUAAAGCAGCUGUCAAAAAAAGCUAAUACAACUAAGUCUACCACUUCAGAUUCAGAUUUUAGCAGGGUUGUUAUCCAAGGAGAGCGAAAAAUAACCUCCAGACUACCAUCACAAACUGCUAAAGAAAAAGACAUUAAUACAGAGGAUUCAAAUCUGGAUGCCAAAUCAUCAACAAAGAAAAUUGACAGAAAAGACAGUAUGAUUAUGAACUCAAAUCAUCGCAAAACAAAAAUUUCCAAAACAGUCCCUAGUAGUAAAAAUGGUUCAGAUACAACUACUUCUUCUCCAACUGCUGGAAAUGCACAUAUUACUGAUGACAAACCAGGAAGACCUAAAGUAGAACGACCAUCUGAAAAUAACCAAGGUAAAGAAGAUGGUGACAACAUGGAUGUAAGUUUUGAUGAACAAUUGACAAAAAUUUUAAGUGAAGACUCAAAUCAUCGCAAAAUGAAAAUUACAAAAACAGUACCUGCUAAAGAUGGUUCAAAUAUAACUGCUUCUCCAACUGUUGGAAAGGAACACAUUAGCAGUAAAACUAAAACUGCAUUUGGACAAGCUUCGGAAAAUAACCACGGUAAAGAGGAUAGCGACAACAUGGAUGCAAGUCUUGAUGAACAACUGACUAAAAUUUCAACUGAAGACUCAAAUUUUGAAUUAACAAGUACAUCAGAUUCGACUAGUUCUAACAACAACUCACAUUUUACUGAUAUGAAACAAGAAGAUAUUGAAGCAAGCAAUGAAGCACCAUCUCACAGUAAUUACAACAAAGCAGACAGUAAGACAGAGCAUUCAAGUUCUCAUAGUCAAUUUUAUCAACCAACUUUUGAUAAAAUUACAACCACUCCUAAUCCAAAAUUAUCAAAGCCACAUUUUACCAAGGAUAUUAAACAUGGAGAUAAAAAGGCAAAUUAUAAUCCAUCUCAAAACAAUCCAAAUGAAAAAGCAAGUAAUCCAAUGCCCUCAAAUAGUGACACACAAUUAUCAAAGACUAAAAAUCAGCUUACAUCGGUACCCAUCACUGAAGCUUCAACAAGUUCCACUCCUACGUCAUCAAACUCACAUUUAGGCAGAGAUGUUAUCCAAGGAGAGCCAAAAAUAACCCCCAGACUAACAUCACAACCUAUGACAGAAAAAGACAUUAAUACAGAGGAUUCCAAUCUGGACGCCGAAUCAUCAACCAAUAAAACAAGCAGAAAAGACAGUAAAAUUGUAAACUCAAAUCAUCACAAAACGAAAAUUUCAAAAACAGUAUCUGCUAAAGAUGGUUCAGAUAUAACUGCUUCUCCAACUGUUGGAAAGGAACAUGUUAUUACUGAUGUCAAACCAGGAAAAACUCAAAUUGCAUUUGGACAACCAUCUGAAAAUAACCAAGGUAAAGCAAAAAAUCCAAUGUCCUCAAGUAGUGACACCCAAUUAUCAAAGACUAAAAAUCAGCUUACAACGAAUAGCUUUCAAAGUAAUCAAGGAAAUAAUGAGCAUUCAAAUCACGGUGUACAAUAUGUAACAGUUUCAACUACCACAACACCAAAUUUUGAGCAAAAAAAUCUAAAUGUUUUUAAUGAACAACUAUCUCCAAGUAGCUACGACGAGCGUGGCAGUGAAGUUGAGCAUUCCAGCUUUGAUGCACCAUUUGCUAAAGCUACAAGUAAACCAAAUGCAGCGAAUGAGGAUGCAAGCAGGUUAAAUUCCAUAGCUUCCAACUCAGAAAAGACCACUUAUACUGAAAAGGAAUAUGAAGAAACCAACAAAGAUAUAUCUUCUCCAAGUACUAUCAAAUACUUGGAAAAAGAACCUUCAAGUUUUGAUGGGUCAGAUACAGUUCAACCAACGGCCAAUAAGUUAGCAGAGGUCACAACUAUUUCUACUCCUACAGCAUUCAAGCCACAUUUUAAUCAAAAUUCUAACCAACAGGAAACAAAACAAAAAACACAUGGACAGCCAUCAACUAAUUAUAAUGAAAAGGACAUUAACUCAAUUCAAGAUGCACAAACGGAUAUGUUUACAAGUCAACCAGCAAGUGUUUUGGUUGAUGAUAUAACCAGUUCUACUUUGAGACAUCAUGCAAGUUUUGAAGAUGACAUCAUAUCAACAACAUACUCUUCUCAUCAAAUAUCACCGACCACUACAUUAGAGCCAAUAACAGGCAAUAACAAAAAGAUAAGCAGUUCAAAAAGUGUGCCAAAUCAAAGACCAAAACCCAGCGCUGGAAUGAAGCCUGAAGCUAACCUAAAACAAAAAAAUUCUAAGAAUGACCAUAAACCUGACCGCGCACCUUCACCUGACACCCAAGUUAAGAACAACCAGAGGCAAAUGCACACAAAGGUGACACCUGGCAUAAACCUGCGGCCUGCUCAAAUUCCCCCCAAAUCUGAUCAAAGCACUCCAUUACAGGUAAACGUCAAGGAUAAUCCGUUACCCUCUGCUACUCCAAUACGAAAGGCAAGCACUCCACCGCAAACGCCUACGCUGGCCCCUAGCAUGACAGGUUUGCUAAUAGAUGAGAGGAAAAAACCUAAUGCAACCUCAGUGCAUGACAGUAGACAAACUAUGCAUUCUGACAUAGAUAAGGCAAGCAGGUUGAAGGAACUCAUGAAAAAGACUGGAAAUAUGAAAAACAAUACACGUAAUGUCAUCAUAGCUCAAAAUAGAUCAGUAGAGUUGAACAGCACAAAGGAAGCCAACAAAAAGAGUCUGAAAUUAAAUAUUAAAAUUCCCCAAAGUAACCAAAAACCUAAACCCCAUGUGCCUAAAAUUAAACCUGCACAUCCCAAACUGUCAGAAAGUCAGAAGGUGAAAGCAGACCACCAAGCGCCAAAGGACAAAAUUCCUAAAAUAAAUACAUCUGUAGAUUUGAAAAACAGCUCAAAGGUGUUACCUGGACCUAAACCGCCGACCAAGCCAGCUAAGACAAACGUCAUCCCUGUUGUAAAGAUAAAACAACCACUAAAAGCAAAAGAAAAAAUGACCAAAGCUAAUGUAGAGCCAACAUCUGGUCCUAUAAAAUUGACAACUUUGAAUUCGGAUACUACCCAUGACCUAGCGGCAGACCCCUUACGCCAAAAUACUACUAUCUCGGAUAGUUUAACGAGGAAUCCAAACAGUGGGGUUAUAUCUAGUAAGAGGACACAAACAACGGAGCCAAUCCCAUUCAUUGCCUUGACAACAGAACCAAACAUAGCCACCCAAGUAUCCACCACUCUACCUACAAAAAGUGACCUCAAACUAUGGGAAGACUCUCCAAGCUCUGCCCCAAGGGUUCAACAAUUUAGCCCCACUGUGCGCACUGUUUUUAGGUCAACAGAACCUCCAGCCCCCCUCCCCGGGCCUAAAGUGCCAGCUGUGGAGAGCACCACUCCCAGUACACGAGAGCUGCGAGUGAAAAUUAACCAGGUGGCAGCGUUCCUCAAUAAAAGUAGCCAGGAGCGACCACACGGCAGGCCCCUGGAUGAAGACCCUGGGGAGCAGAAAGAAGACGGCAAAAAAACUGAUGGAAAAUCAGAUGUGAUGGUUGUCAGAGACUGUUCAGAUCACGUGCUCAGGGGACACACCAAAAGUGGACUCUACUUGGUGACCCCUGACCCCAGCGGCGGGAGCGUGCAGGUGCUGUGUGACAUGGAGGAGGAUGGCGGAGGAUGGACCGUGCUCCAGAGGAGACACGACGGCAGCGUCAACUUUAACCGCUCCUGGGCCGAGUACCGUGACGGCUUCGGACAACUGGACGGAGGGGAGUUCUGGCUGGGAAACAACCGAAUCCACCUGCUGACUCGGGACAGGAAUAUGGAGCUGCGGGUGGAGCUGGAGGACUUCGAGGGGCUCCAGGCGUACGCGCAAUAUCAACUCUUUAAAGUGUUGAGUGAGCGCAUGCGCUUCAGGCUCCUCGUGGAUGGAUACUCUGGCACUGCAGGUGAUGCCUUUCGAUUCAAUACAAAUUAUAAUCACAAUAACAGGGCGUUCACCACCCCGGACCGGGACAAUGACCGCUACCCCUCAGGGAACUGCGGGGCCUACUACAGCUCCGGUUGGUGGUUCGAUGCCUGUAUGGCAGCCAACCUUAACGGGAGGUACUACAAGGGCAGGUACAAAGGAGUGCGCGAUGGGAUCUACUGGGGCACAUGGCACAACAUCUCCACAGAAUACUAUCCCACAAACGAGAGACUGUCAUUUAAAAGUGUCAGAAUGAUGAUCAGACCAAAGGGCUUUAAGCCAUAAGCUCAGGGAGAGACUGUUUUAUUCACAAACUACAACCACAAAGCUCUGAAUACGGUAUUUUCAAUUUACUAUUGAGCAUUUUAAAUGCAGAUAAUGCAUUCUUAAUCAAGAUGUAACAUAGACUGUAUGAGAUGUACAGACAAUGCUGCCGCCUUGUGGCUGGUGCACUUAUAGGUGUUUAUAAGGAUGUACAAAAUGUUUAGCAAAAUGUUCUAUUUCAUAUGAACUUUUAUGAAUGCACAUUUUGUGAGAGUGAAUGUGAAAGCUCUUUGACAGUGCAGUAAAGCCAGAUGAAGGUAGCCAAUGUUAAAACUCCUUGCACUUAACUAAAUUUAAAGUGGGGCUCCUCCUGUAUAAUAGGCCAAGUCAAUCAUGUUAGCUCCCAGUGAAGAAAAGGCCUUAUAGACACAUUAUACUAAAUAGCCUGGGACACUGGCCUUGAGAUGUUGUGCAAGGAUGUUCUAGAUGCAUUUUAACAAAGAAUAUUU